AUUAACUACCUCCCAGUCCUGCCGUUGUAUAUAAACAGCCUGACGGUGGCAGUGCAGGGUCGGGUGGCUGUUUAUAAUAUGGCCUCCCUGCCCCUUGCUUGUGCGCGUUUCCCUGGGAGUGCGCAGCACCGCGAUCCGGUGCCUGCUGUGUCCUCCGGACACAGUGGAGACCGAUCGCCGUACGGGACCUCUCUGCGAGGUCCCGAUAAUGUGAUCACUGAUUGGCCAAUCAGUGAUCACAUGCAGACUGCAUUCUUGCAACCAUUGAGAACUACUGAGUGAGCUGUGAUUGAUCACAGCUUGUCACAUGGUACAGGGCUGUUUUGAAUAGCCUUGUACCAUGUGACCUCUGUGAUCAUUCACA